AUGAAGUACUCCGCGCCCAUCAUCGCUCUUUUCGGCCUCCUUGGCGGCGUCUCCGCCACCAUGAGCCCUGCCAACAUGCAGGAUACGGGAAACUCGCUCGCCCGCCAGGCUUUCGACAUCAAAGAUCUAGUCGUGCAGAUCAACUCCACCAUGAACACCGGCCCGAUGCAGGAUGUUUUCGAGGAGAUGGAUGAUCUGUACGAUACCGUCCUGGCCAACAUCCAGCUCAUCAUUGGCUCCGCUGCUCUUACCGAGGAGAGCGAGGACACCCAGCUCGUGUACGAGGCAUACUCCUACCUCGUCCAGGGCAUGUUCGAGCUGAUGGACGCGCUCGCGGGCUCGGCCGACAACUUCGUGGCCAUGGACGACCAGAACGAGUUCCGCGUGCCGGCGUCGAUCCGCGAGGUCGGCGGCGUCGUCGACGCCUGGAUGUUCAACAUGAUCGGCCUCUUCCCGUCCAACAGCUCCUACUCGGACCAGGCGGCGAACCAGAAGAACCAGGUCGACUCGCACUUCCGCCGCUCCAUCGCCGCCUACCACCUCGCCACGGCCAAGACCGCCGCCCCCUACGGCAACAUCACCAGCAUCGUCUCGCUCGACGCCCUCGAUCUCACCAAGAAGGAUGUCGAGUCAUCCACCUAA